GCGUCGCCGCGGUGGGUGAGCUGGCGCGCUCUCCUUCCUCCCGAACUCCGUCCCCCUCCGGGUUACGCAGACUCUCCCUUUUAGCGGAAAACGAAUUCCUCUCGCCGGCCAGACGCAGACGCAGUGCUGGACCCGCAGCCGUAAGACAAAGAGUGACGUCCAGAACCGGAAUCAUGGAGGCGACCCAUCAGGGCUUGGCGGCCACGGGGAGCUCCGCGCCGCCGCGGGAGAAAGAGGAAGAGGCCGGCCCGAGCUCAGGCCCGGAGCGUAACUCUGCGGGCUCCUCGUCGACUCCUGAGAUUCCACCGCCUGAACCCUCCAACGCCAACGCUGUCCCCGAAGCGAUCCCUCCGCCCGCGCCGCUUGCUGAUGCCGUUCCGCGCACCUCCCCAGGCCCUGGCGGCUCCCGACCCGGCCCGGAGACGUUCCGCCAGCGUUUCCGACAGUUCCGCUACCGAGACGCAGCAGGCCCGCGAGAGGCGUUUCGGCAGCUGCGGGAGCUCUCUCGUCAGUGGCUGCGACCCGACAUCCGCACGAAGGAGCAGAUUGUGGAGAUGCUGGUGCAAGAGCAGCUGCUCGCCAUUUUGCCCGAGGCGGCGCGGGCCAGGCGGCUUCACCGCCGCACCGACGUUCGCAUCACCGGCUGAGCGGCUGGCGGCCUGGUCCGGGCGCGCUCUGGACUGGAGCCGUGAUCGGGUCCUGGGGCCUGAGCCUCGCUCCCCACUCCACGUUAAUGAAAACGAGCUUUGGCAGCUCUUGUAGUCUGAUGUAGCCCUUUCGUUCGUCCUUUACUGGGUUUAUUUUCCCGAGCGUAUUUCCAACCUUCUUUCUUGUUAGGGGGAGCCCAUGAGAAUAAAGCCUUUGUUUCCUAUUCA